GAUGGGAAGGAAGAGCACAUGAUACUCGUAUAUUUCUUGAAGCAUUAAGAAAUACAAAUCUAAAUUUUCCUAAACCACCCAAUGGUAUGUUGUAAUCACUAUCAAUUAUGUGAAUAUGAUCUGAAACUUAAUUUAAUAAUUUUUUAUUUUAUUUUAUUGCAGGUAAGUAUUAUUUAGUUGAUGCAGGGUAUCCAAAUAUGAAAGGUUAUUUAGCUCCAUAUAAAGGGCAAAGAUAUCAUCUUCCUCAAUUUCAACAAGGUAGUCAACCUAGUGGCUAUAAAGAAGUAUUUAACCAUGCUCAUUCAUCAUUACGUAGUGUUAUUGAGCGUUGUUUUGGUGUAUGGAAAGCACGUUGGCAAAUUUUGCAUCGAAUGCCAAGUUAUGGAUAUGAUAAACAAGUAGCUAUCGUUACUGCUUCAAUGGCUUUACAUAAUUUUUUUAGGAGGGAGACUAUUAAUGAGAUGGACUUUCCGUCUUAUGAUGAAGCAAAUAAUGAUUUUGUAGACGAUGAUGUACAAAAUAUCAACUUAGCAAGAGAUGAGAGUGAAAUGGGAGUUGUCCGUGAUAAAAUUGCAGCGGAACUCAUGCUGAGAUAAACAUGAGUAUUAGUGUUAUUUUUGAAAUUAUGUAAUAAUUGUUUUAAAUGAUAAUUAUGUAAUAAAUUAAAGAUCGGUUUUGUUUAUAUAUUUUUAUUUUAUUUUUUAA